UGUGAACUGUGAAUGAAAUAGGGUGCCUACUGCCUAGAUGUGCGCGGUGGUCAAACCAAAUCCAUACAAUAUGAAUCAUAAUACUGACACCAUAGUCUUGAGUUACAAUGAAAGUCUUCUCAGACAAUCUGAUGUUGAUAUAUUGAAAGGACCAUUCUGGCUGAAUGACACCAUUAUAUCAUUUUUCUUUGAAUACUUAGAAACAUAUGUAUUCAAAAACAACACAGCUUUAUCAUUUGUGUCACCGGAAGUGACCCAAUGUAUAAAAAUAUCCCAACAGCAAGAACUCUGUGUAUUCUUGGAACCCCUUUUGAGCAAUGCCAAAAAAGACUUCAUUUUUUUCGCUUUGAAUGAUCAUGAGAAAAUAGACAUGUCUGGAGGCUCUCAUUGGAGUCUUUUAGUAUUUUCUAGACCUGAAAAAAGAAUUUUUCAUUAUGACUCAUCAAGUGGAAUCAAUGAAUUGCAGGCAUUCAAGUUUGGACAAAAAAUACUCAAAUAUUUUGCUCUCCCAGUUCAAGAAAAAAUUGAUAAUGUGUUGUGUCUCCAACAGAAUAAUGGAUAUGACUGUGGUAUGCAUGUUCUUUGUAAUGCAGAGAAUUUGGCUAGUUUUGCAGUAUGUAAUGGGAAGAUCAAGGGUUGGGAUUGCCCAAAGUUGAAUAAUGAAACAAUUUCAGCCAAAAGGUUGGAAAUUUUAGAUAUUAUUGAAAAAUUGAGAGUGAAGGAGCCUGUUGACCAUUUCAAGCAAAGGGAAUAAUAAUUUCACAUGAAGAACCCAUUAUUGCCUUCCAUAAACAUUCUCUAACUACUUGAUUGUUCCACAUUGCCAAUAAAAUCAGAUAGGUAUGUAUGUAAUGAAAUUGUACUGUUCUAAUAAUUAUUAAAUCAAAUAUAUUAUUACCAAAGCC